UCCAUAAACAGUCCGAGUCGAACAGGCUGCUAUUGUUUUUAUUCUUUACCCUACCUCGAUCCGUCUAUCAUCAUUUGAUUGCAGUUAGUUAGCGCGAAAAAGUUUGCGAUCGCAGCCUUGGCCUUAGAAAAGUGUUCUCGGUUUUUCUCUCUCCGAACCGAAGAAGGUCUUGCUCUUUCCGAGUCUCUUCGUUUGUUCCAUCAGUGCUGGCAAGCCGCGCCUAAAGUCGUUUGUGUUCAAAGCUUGUCCGCAGACAAGCCACGGCCAAGCAACAGACGGGAAAGAGCAGUGCAGUCGAGCUUUCAAGAAGCGAGUGGGGGCGAGUUCCGCGCUCAGGAAUUGACGGGCGGAGGUGGCGAAAUUAAGGCUCCAGAUCCCGAGAUCUUUGCAACGGAAUGAAGGCAGAGUAGAGCAAAACUAAGCAAUAAGCAAUAAGCAGCUGCCACAGGCAGACCAGACCAGAUCAGACCAGACCGAUUGGAUUGGCUAUCAUACUAGCACACACCUGCACACCCACACACAUACACACACACACACACACACACACAGAAAAAACUGCUUUGACCCUUUCCUUCGACUUUGCAGAUAAUGACGAAGCCUUGGCAAUGGCUCGUCGUGUAACACAUCCCGAUUUGCUGCGGGAGAACAGUAGCCGACCCUUUGUCCUGCAGCGCUGGCAGUCCGGGUCCGGAUCCGGGUCUGGGUCUGGGUCUGGCUCUGGGUCUGCGUCCGGCCUCAACAGUGGCCAGCGCAUUCGUAUAUCGUUCGGUGAAGAGAAUGCCCUUUACAAUUACAACCGCAUCAAGCCCCUGACCCUGGACAGCUUCUUCAAUUUUGAAGAGCUCGACUGUAGAGCAGGGGCCGUCGGCAAGGGGAGACCCCAAUCCAAGACAAAGCCAUCCACAUCGACAUUAAUCAGCGAUAGGCCCGUGCCGCCGUCUGGUACCGCUGAUCCUAAUGGCCAAGAGCCCCAUUUAUCCAGUAGAAGCGGCAAUCAGAGCCGUAUGCAUGGCCAGGUACCACAAACCCACGCACACAGUCGCAUUCACGGACCCCAUACUCUUCCAUCCAGCAGUGUCUCGCUGCCGCUGAUCUUCGGUCUACUGAUAGAUGGCCACACAUGGGGCGGUGGUGGAGCACUAGUUGAGAGGGAGAUCUGCCGAUCAGUCAAGAUAUGGCGGAAUCAAGUCCACUUCAAUUUGGGAUUGCAGGUGGAACGCGACCAGGAAGAAGACAACGCCGCCCAACGCGAGUUGAAGCCCGUUGGCUUCGAGACCCAGAAUGCACGGCGCAGGAAUGCCAUGGCGGCGCGUCAGAGCCGAAUAAUGGACCAAAACCAGAGCGUAUAUUUCAUUAUAAAUAUAUCGUUGGGUGGCACAGAGAACGGGCUACAAAACAGAAUAGAGAACGGCCAGGACAAAUCUCCAGAGAAUGCCCACGAUAUAGUCUGGCGGGGAAUUGACAUGGCUCGCCCCGCACAAUCUCAGAAUGAAACCACUUACUACCCGCAUCAGGAACAAAGCGCAGACGACAUAUAUCCCACAUACUGGGAGAGCCAGCAGCAGCCGGAUUGUGCCAAUCGCUGGGACAUGCAUUCGCCUCUGGGGACGCCCAAUGCCAAGGGACAAGUGCCCAUCUAUCAGGUAGAGCGGGAGCGCCCACAUCGCAACCCAAAGCAGACUUACCAGAAUCUUCCGGACCACUACAAUCCACAGGAUCAAGCGAACCAUCACUGGCAAAGUGAUGGUCCUGGCCCGUCCAACAGUAGCGAUCAGUGGCGCUCCAUCCAUCGCCAAAUGGAGCCAAAUUCCCAGCAGCAGCCACAUUCUGAGUACGACCAGCAUCAGCCCAUGCCCAUGUCCAUGCAGCCCCUGAUGGAGGAGGAGGAGGUGGCGCAGGUGGCGGGUAUGCAUAUGAGUCCGGAUGAGCGGCAGCAGUCAAAGCUGAUGGAGCUCCUCAGGAUGGUCAGGCAGAAGGAGCCACUACUACUGCAGCUUCAGCAGCGCGCCGUCUUCGAGCCGGUAGUCAGUGGCUGCGGCCACAACUGGAACUGGCUGGAGAACAGCAGACAGAUCGAGAUGAUUAACAGCUUGGAAUACUUUCCGGUGAAGGCCUCGCAGGAGCUGCUGCUCGGAGCGACCUUGUACGCCCUGUACGACGAGCAUUUCUACAAUCUCGCCGAGGGAUGGUGCUACAGGGGCACUCUCGAUCCGCCCGUGCAGAUAACAAUGCCCUACCAUCCAGUGUAUAACACGUAUCACCAUCAGCCGCUUUGGCAGAACUGGCAGUGGCACUGGCACCAUUGGCCGCUGAAGCAGCUGCUGCACUGGCAGCACCACAACGAGUGGCAACAGCAGCGCCAGCAGCAGUGGUAUUGGCAGCACUUUUAUUGGCAGCAGGAGCGACUACAUCAAUGGCGGCAGCAACAGCAGGAGCAAAACCAGGACCCGCACCAGAAGCAGGUGCAGCAUCAGCAGCAGGGCCAGUGGCGUUGGCAGUGCAGCCCGAAGUCGGGGUCGAGAUGGAGCUACCACCACCACUACCACCCAUAUACAAAUAACCCAACAUCAGAAGCUAUGACUUUUGAAAACAGGUCCAACUGGAAGCCGCCAACGCAGUACAAGAGCCUAGCGGAGACAAUCGCAAGUAUGGAAGAACCUUUCAGUGGACCGACACAGGAAAUGCUGAAUCUAAGCACACAACAUUUUCCACCGCUGCCAAAACCGCAGAGUCGUGGACAGAAAUGAGGUGAAAGACUAAAGUAAGAACCGAAUGCUAUUACACAGUCAUAAGUAGUGGCGAUUGAGCAGCGGAAGUCUGCGGGAUCUACGCGGGAUACAAUUUUUAUUUUGUUUUCAACUAGAUGUACACAAAGUGAUUCCUUAUUUCAUUAAAAAUUUAAAUAA